GUAUCACUCGUGAACAACCCUGCCCAUCAACCCCCUAAACCCAGAGUCGCACCCCAGUCGCGCCAAAUAAAGACUCCGUUCCAGUCGCGUCGUUGUUUCGAAUACAAAGACAAAAAAAGAAAAAAAGAAGGAAAAAAAAAAAACAAAAAGAAGAAGGAAAAAGUUACAACCAAGAGAGAAGAGGCGACAAGUGACGAACGUUGUGAAAAGGGUUGACCGAUUAAUUUCACGAGCAUGGAAGAAGGUGGACGACCGAGUAACGGACGGCAAGAGAGGAAAUGCACUUAUUGGCCAGCGUCUGCGUACUCAUAUUGAUCUGUGGCGGUGGCUGUUGGAGUGUCUACGGGGUGCCUACGGGUGGGACACCACCUGAAACCUGUCCAAAAAUGCAUUUUUGCUCGAGACUCGCGCGAAUUCUACUCAUCUCCGCCGUUUUCUGCGUCGGUCUCUGCUCCGAGGAUGAGGAAAGGUUGGUGCGAGAUUUGUUUAGAGGGUACAACAAACUCAUUAGACCUGUGCAGAACAUGACAGAAAAGGUGCACGUGAAUUUUGGCCUCGCUUUCGUGCAACUGAUCAACGUGAAUGAGAAAAAUCAAAUUAUGAAGUCGAACGUUUGGUUGAGAUUUAUUUGGACGGAUUAUCAGCUGCAAUGGGACGAGGCAGACUAUGGCGGUAUCGGUGUACUCAGAUUACCACCCGACAAAGUAUGGAAACCUGACAUCGUAUUAUUUAACAACGCGGACGGCAACUACGAGGUGCGGUACAAGAGCAACGUGCUGAUCUAUCCAAACGGCGACGUUCUCUGGGUCCCACCGGCGAUCUAUCAGAGCUCCUGCACCAUCGACGUCACGUACUUCCCCUUCGACCAGCAGACCUGCAUCAUGAAAUUCGGUUCCUGGACGUUCAACGGCGACCAAGUCUCCCUUGCCUUGUACAACAACAAGAACUUCGUCGACCUGUCCGACUAUUGGAAGAGCGGCACCUGGGACAUCAUCAACGUUCCGGCCUACUUGAACAUCUACAAAGGCGACUUUCCAACGGAGACAGACAUCACGUUCUACAUAAUCAUCAGACGGAAAACCCUGUUCUACACAGUGAACCUGAUCCUGCCAACCGUGCUCAUCUCUUUCCUAUGCGUGCUUGUGUUCUACCUUCCAGCCGAGGCCGGUGAGAAAGUGACUCUGGGUAUCAGUAUCCUCCUCUCAUUGGUCGUGUUCCUGUUGCUGGUCAGCAAGAUCCUGCCACCGACCUCGUUGGUGCUCCCGUUGAUCGCCAAGUAUCUUCUCUUCACGUUCAUCAUGAACACGGUCAGCAUCCUGGUCACGGUGAUCAUCAUCAAUUGGAACUUCCGUGGGCCGAGGACCCACAGAAUGCCCCAGUUGAUCAGAAAGAUAUUCUUGAAGUAUCUGCCAACUAUACUGAUGAUGAGAAGGCCCAAGAAGACGCGUCUCAGGUGGAUGAUGGAGAUUCCAAACGUGACGUUGCCCACUUCCACUUACUCGGGUAGCCCGACGGAGUUGCCCAAGCAUCUGCCUACCUCGUUGACGAAGUCGAAGAUGGAGGUGAUGGAGUUGUCGGAUCUUCAUCAUCCGAAUUGCAAGAUCAACAGGAAGGUUCAUCACACAACGAGCAGCUCGAGCGCGGCCGGCGGGGAAGGCCUCGCCGACAGAAGGGGAUCAGAGAGCUCUGAUUCGGUGUUGCUCAGCCCGGAAGCUAGCAAGGCUACUGAGGCUGUCGAGUUCAUUGCCGAGCAUCUGAGAAACGAAGAUCUGUACAUACAGACGAGGGAAGAUUGGAAGUACGUGGCGAUGGUGAUCGAUCGACUGCAGCUUUACAUUUUCUUCCUGGUGACGACCGCGGGUACCAUUGGGAUCCUAAUGGACGCACCUCACAUCUUCGAGUACGUGGACCAGGAUCAUAUAAUAGAGAUCUACCGUGGAAAAUAAAUUCCAGUACAAUCUAGGAAAUUGAAAGGGAAUAAAACGCGUGCCAUCAUCGCAAUUUUCGUUUCAUCCGUGUCUUCUCAUAAUAUUCUCUUUUGUAUAAAAUUACGUGUAUAUGUGUAUUCCUCUCAUCUCGAGAUAAGGUCCACGGGAUGAAAUUAAUAUUUUGAAGCUUUUUCAUUUGAAUAUUGCUUAUUUCGAAGAAAUUAAUCGAAGAAGAGAUUUUUCGAAGAUUUUCAAAAAUUGUUUCGACCUUUUUCGUUUCUCGAAAUAAUGGUGAUGGUGAUAGUGUAAUAAAAAGUCGAAACACGAAGAUCUUUCUUCAUUUUGUAACUGAAGUUUCAAAAAUUGUGAAGGAACGAAGCUCAACAGCACUCAUCGUAUAUAAUCGUUCAAAUUAG